CAAGCACAAAGGAAAAGAGCAAGAGUAGAAAAGGCGAAGAAGAAGAAGAGAGGGAGAGAGAGAGAGCAGGACAAUCCGAAGAUCAAAAUGCAUCCCAACUUCGCCGGCACCUGGAAGAUGAGGAGCAGUGAGAAUUUCGAUGAACUUCUGAAAGCUCUCGGUGUGAAUGCAAUGCUGCGUAAAGUGGCCGGCGCUGCAGCUGCCAAACCGCACGUUGAAAUCCGUCAGGACGGAGAGCAGUUUUACAUCAAGACCUCCACCACCGUACGCACCACCGAAAUCAACUUUACCGUCGGAGAGGAGUUUGAUGAGGAGACUGUGGACGGCAGGAAAUGUAAAAGCUUUCCCACAUGGGAGACAGAAAAUAAAAUCUACUGCAAACAGAGGCUGGUGAAUGGAGAUGGACCUGUGACGUACUGGAGCAGAGAGCUACGUGGAGAUGAACUCAUCUUGAUCUUUGGGGCCGAUGACGUGGUUUGUACGCGGAUUUACGUUCGAGAAUGAGGUUACAGCGGUUCCACAGAUGACCAUAAAUAACGCAACCCAACAUUCCUCCAUUUCACAUCCAAGAAAUAAAGCAUUCAUGCAUGUCAGAGUGUCACCAUGCAGUCUUGCAGUGCAUUGUGGGAUUGACUGCGAUCUGUAUAUUGCUCCAGUUCAAUAUCAUCCGUGACUGUUAUCUUCAUUCAAUUGAUUUCUGUCGCUCUUUCGUGUGCAAAUAUGUGUACUGCAAACAAAAACUGUAAUAAAAAUUAAAAACGAA